AUGAGAGUAACAGCAUCCAAAGAUUUAAUAAUUUUAAUUUUAGAAGAUACUAAGAAAUCGGUUCAUUAUCAGCGUCCUACAACAUGGGAAACGCUAACAGAAAAUAAAAUACGUUUUAAGUUAUCGAAUACAGCAGAUGAAUAUCAAUCAAUCGUAACUAAUUUCAAUCUAUCUAUGAAAGGAAAAUAUACACAAAUAAUACGAAUAGAACGCAUUCAAAAUGAACGAUGGUAUAUUCAAUACUUGGCACAUAGUCAAAGUUUCAAAAGAAUUCUCGAUAAAGAUACUGAAAAACGUUUGUAUCAUGGCUGCCCUCAAGAGGCAGCUGAUAAAAUCGUGAAAAGUUGUUUCAAUCGGAGUUUUGCAGGAGUCAAUGGUAAAUUUAUGUCUCAUUUGGUCCGUUUUAUAUUGAUAACACUUUUAUCUUUAGGAACACGAUAUGGUGUCGGCGUAUAUUUUUCAUCAAAUGCAGCUUAUAGUCACGAUUAUGCAGACCGAAACGUCAAUGGAGAACGAAGUAUGUUCUUGACGCGAGUUCUAGUUGGAAGGACAACUAUAGGUAAUAAUUUAAUGACGACUUGCCCUCCUGGAUUCGAUUCAACUACUGAUGGUAAACAUAUUUUUGUCACUUAUCAUGAUGCUCAAGCUUAUGCUGAAUACUUAAUUACUUAUAAAUAA